AUGAGCUUCCGACGGCAGAACCCAUUUCAAGAACGAAGUCGCGGGCAAGAUCAAGAGGAUGAUCGGUCGCCAUCACCACAUCACAACGCCGUACACGCCGUGGGCGAACGACUUAUCCUGCGAGGGUUGAAGACCCUGACCAACGAAAUGAAGCUUCGUCCGGACGAAUGGCACCGUGUGUUGACCCUGGUACAGAGCGCGUUGAACCACCAGCAGGUGGACCGCCUCGGCGGUGUGGAUCCAGUGACGGCGUUUCAACACUUGCCGUCUACAAUGACUUUAGCUGGGUUCGUACACCCAAGGACCAAGGAAGUACUCACGGUGGACUGGUUCUCAAAAGUGCGUCAAAAGCACAUGGACGUGCUGCGACAAGCCUUGGAAUGUAUGCACCGCGAAGUAUCGGUUCGUAGCGAGAAGUUGCGGCAGCAAGUGCGAGGCCGCCGCGAGAAGAAAGCGCAUAUGCUCUUGGCAAAGUUUGUUCUGGGCGAUUUUGCGCUUUUGGGAAAAAUCAUCAAGUUCCCCAACAAGUUGGCACUCAACUGGAAAGGUCAGUACCAUGUAUCGCGGGUCGACUGGGAAUGUGUGACAAUGGUACAACAGCUCGUUCAACCGUUUGCGAGGUCGGUCCACCAUGCCAGCCGGCUGAAGUUUUUCAGCGAUGCCGCAUUGCAUAUCACUGAUGCCCUGACGAAGAAGAAGGUUCAGGUCCAACGCUAUGAAAACAUUGCGGUCGUCCUGCGCCGCUGGAUCGUGAAGAAUGCCAGCGACGGCGUCGUCAAGGAAAUACACGACGACAUAUAG